UCAUAAUAAAUAAACAAAAUGAAAAUUGUCGUGAGAAAUUCCAGCUCAGUUCAGCCAGCCGAGCCGACAUGGAGCGGCUCCAUGCCGCUGUCGGAAUUCGACCAGAUCGGCGUAGUCACCCACGUUCCGACUAUAUAUUUCUACAGACCUCCCCAAGAUUGGGCGGCGCCGCCGUGCCGGAUGUUCGAAACCCUCCAAAGCUCUCUCAGCAAGGCGCUGGUGAUAUUCUACCCGCUCGCCGGCCGCCUGCGCUGGCUGCCCGGCUCCCGGCUCGAGCUCGACUGCAACGGCGCCGGCGCGCAGCUGACGGAGGCGGAGUCUGACGCCACGCUGGACGACCUCGGAGAUUUCGCUCCGUCGCCGGAAUAUGCCGAUUUGAUUCCUCAGGUAAAUUAUUCCACUCCAAUGGCGGAAAUUCCGAUUCUCUGCGUGCAGAUUACGAAAUUCCGGUGCGGCGGCGUCAGCCUGAGCUGCAACGUGUCGCACGCGGUGGUCGACGGCCAGAGCGCGCUUUAUUUUCUAUCUGAAUGGGCGGCGCUGGCGCGGGGCGCGGUGGCAGGCCCGCCGCCGGUUCUCGACCGGCGGCUGAUGCGGGCCGGGGAGAUAUCGGACCGGCGGUCCGAGUUCGGGCAUGAACAGUUCGACCCGCCGCCGUUGAUGAUCGGAGAAACGAGCAACGACGGCGAACGACGGAAGGAGACGGCGGUGGCACUGCUGAAGCUGACGGCGGCGCAGGUGGAGGAUCUUAAGCGGGAGGCGAAUAGAACUCGUGCAGACGGUGGCGCCGCCUCCGUGAAAAGGCCUUACACAAAGUAUGAAUCCAUCGCCGGCCAUAUGUGGCGGUGCGCCUGCAAGGCCCGCCGCCACGUGGCGGCGCAGCCGACGGCGCUGGGGAUUUGUGUGGACGUGCGGAAGCACGUCCGCCGCCUGCCACCGCCGCCGCGGAAGUUCUUCGGGAACGUGGUGGUGGACGUGAUCGCGAGGGGGCGGUCGGGGGAGAUCACGGCGGCGCCGCUAGGGUACGCGGCGGCGCGUAUAAGGGAGGCGAUCGACAUCGUGACCGGAGAUUACGUGGAGUCAAUGAUUGACUAUUUGAAGGGUUUGGAGGACUUUUCACGGCUUCAGGAUAUAAAAGCUCCCGGGACUAAUGACGGGACCUUCUAUGGGAACCCGAAUCUCGGGGUGACCAGCUGGCUGGCCCUUCCGCUCCAUGGACUCGAUUUCGGCUGGGGGAAGGAGAUUUUCAUGGGUCCCGGGACCCACGACUGUGAUGGAGAUUCGCUAGUGAUACCUAGCAGUGACGGUGACGGGUCGGUGACGGUAGCGGUGUGCCUUCAGGAUUCAUGCAUGGAGGAUUUUAAGAAAAUAUUUUACGAAGACCUUCCAAUUUAAUAAUAAAAAUAAUAUAAAUAUAAUAAUGAUAAUAAAAUUACGAGAUGUCACACACUCACACUAGUGUCUAAUUUCAAUAAUUUAUUCGAUUAUGCAUGGUAAUUGUAUAAAUCAACAAUAUAUUUUCAUUGUGUCUUUAAGUUAACGAGUAUUUAUUUAU